GUGUGUGUGAAAGUGUGUGUAUGUGUGUGAGAAAGUGUGUGUAUGUGUGUGUGUGAAAGUGUGUGUAUUUGUGUGUGUGAGAAAGUGAAUGUGUUUGUGUAUGUGUGUAAGUUUGUGUGUGUGUAUUUGUGCGCGUGCGUGCGUGCGUGUAAGUGUGUGUGUGUGUGUGUGCGUGCGUGCGUGUGCGUAUGUGUAAGUGUGUGUGUAUGGGUGCGCGUGCGUGUGUGUGUGUGUGUGUGUGUAAGUAAGUGUGCGCGCGCGGCUUCGCCCGGCUCCGUGCUGAGACCUGACCGGCUCUGACUCUCUCUCACGCCGCAGGUCGUUCUAGGACGCACCGGUCCUCCGAUUCCGGACUCUCUUGAAAUCAGACACAAUAAGGAGACUUUUUUGAGCGCUAUUUACUUCCCGCGGGUUUCCGAGGUAACGUCUGCAAACUUGGAGAACUUGAUUCUUACACACACUGUUCAGCGCUCGUUAAUCCUGGCAGGACAGAAGGAUCCCAGCUCUGUCCGGCUGCACUGGUGUAAACCUCACUGGAGAGGACCCAGAUACCAGACAUCGAGGAGUCUGUAAGCAACGUGGGAAUGAUGUUUAGGCCCUGAUCCGGAGCAGUAUGUCAGGGUACAUACCAAGUUACCUGGACAAGGACGAACUUUGUGUAGUGUGUGGAGACAAAGCAACAGGGUACCAUUACCGGUGUAUCACCUGUGAGGGCUGCAAGGGUUUUUUCAGGCGUACAAUCCAGAAGAACUUGAACCCGACCUAUGCAUGUAAAUACGAGGGGAAGUGUGUAAUCGACAAAGUCACGCGGAACCAGUGCCAGGAAUGCCGCUUCAAGAAAUGCAUUGCUGUUGGAAUGGCGACCGACUUGGUGCUGGAUGACAGCAAGCGUAUGGCCAAACGGAAGCUGAUCGAGGAGAACCGGGAGCGGCGGAAGCGUGAGGAGCAGCAGAAGAUGGUGUGGGAGCGACCUGAGCCAACGCAGGAGGAAUGGGAGCUGAUCCGCGUAGUCACUGAGGCCCACAUGACCACCAAUGCCCAGGGCAACCACUGGAAACAGAAGCGCAAAUUCUUGGUCGAGGAAGCAAUGCUACUUAAUGAAAUAACUUGUAAUUUAUUCUAUACUUCUGACCAGAGUGCAGUGGGGGUGAAGGAAACCAAGGCUGAAGACAUAGGUCAGGGGACGAUCGUCAGCACACCGGAGGGCAGCAAGGUGGACAUCGAAGCCUUCAGUCAGUUUACAAAAAUCAUCACCCCGGCCAUCACCCGAGUGGUGGACUUCGCCAAGAAGCUGCCUAUGUUCUGUGAGCUGCCUUGUGAAGAUCAGAUCAUCCUGCUGAAAGGCUGCUGUAUGGAGAUCAUGUCUCUGCGUGCAGCCGUGCGUUAUGACCCCGAGAGCGAGACACUCACGCUCAAUGGCGAGAUGGCUGUUACUCGUGGCCAGCUAAAGAAUGGCGGCCUGGGUGUGGUCUCGGAUGCCAUCUUUGAUCUUGGGGUCUCUCUUUCCUCCUUCAACCUGGAUGACUCGGAGGUGGCGCUGCUACAAGCCGUCAUUCUGCUCUCUUCAGAUCGUCCAGGACUGACGAGCGUGGACCGGAUCGAGCGAUGCCAGGAGGAGUUCCUGCUGGCCUUCGAGCACUAUGUCAACUAUCGCAAGCACAAGGUGGCACACUUCUGGCCCAAGCUGCUGAUGAAGGUGACAGACCUGCGCAUGAUCGGCGCAUGCCACGCCAGCCGCUUCCUGCACAUGAAGGUGGAGUGUCCCACCGAGCUGUUUCCUCCCCUCUUCCUUGAGGUGUUUGAGGACUGACCAAGCCCGCCCAUCCUCAUGUGACCCCAUCCACAGGUGGCUCGUAACCACACCCAGCCCUCUUCGGACACGUUCGACGAGCUCUGUUUUCUCACUACUGAGUGCCGUUGCAUUCCACAGAUUUAAAGUAGCUCUCGGCCCUCAUUUCUAGACGGACCAUUCCUUUUUCAAUGCGGGUACAUGUGAAUAGCAUUUUUUUUUCUUUCUCUCUUUCUCUCUGUCUUGUAUAUUGUUGUUCUCAGUUACCCAAGGUGUAUUUUUGUUGUACAGAUUUGUGAGUGAGUAUAUCGACUAGUUGCUGGCGUUGGCUCAUCACGCACUCGGUUGUGUGAUCUAUGCAUUUGUAUCAUGCAACAUUCCACAUCUAGUAGAAGUCAGAUCUAUGUCCCGCUCGGGGAAAGAAAAAAAAAAAACCCGCACACAAAUGAACCUCUGCUCCUUAAAGUUUUCACACUACUUACUAAAAACAGAUCGAGAAAAUGAUUUGAGAAAAUAGUUUCAUUCAUUCACAGGUUUACACACACAAAAAUGAGUUCUUAUGUACUGUUCACAAAACAUCAGAACGUAGGAAGGAUGUGAUGUAAGGGGUAUCGAGAGUCAUUUCCAACAAAUCUACCACAGAUCAAAGCAUACAGUCGCUGAUCUAGACGCCAAAAUUUGCUUUUGUUGAAGAUUGCCACUGUUUAGGUGCCAAAAUGUGUUCCCAAAGGCAUGUUCUGUCCUAUUUCAUGCCCACCCAACUUCAGAUCCUUCACUCUACCGGACUGUCUGUGACUGUCUCUCUUACCUCGUAGGAACUUUUAUCUGUUUUGUAUAUUUUCACAAGUUAGACAAAGGUGAUGCCUCAGCUCGGACUUGUUGGUGCUAUGAGUUUGUCUAUUUAUACCUCUUUUCAGUCAGAAUUUGGAUGAUUCAUACACACACACACACACACACACACAGAUCAGUGAGUGCUGAGGCAGAAACAGCCCACUGCAUCAUUACACAACGUGACCUCUGAGGUAUAGAGGAUGUCAAGGAGACAAUUUUUCUUUCUUUCACUUUUUUUUUUGUUGUUAUUUGUUUUUCCUAGGUGACAUCUUACUCUGACAUCAUCCUCUGACAUCAUAUUGUACUGCGAAACACUUUUCACAUCACAUACCUCUACCAUUCAUUAAGAGAUAAUGAAAACUGGUCAUUUUGUAUAAAAAGAAAAAACAGCGAAACAAAAAACAAAAAAAAAACAAACAAAAAAAAAAAAUCAACCGCAACAAUUUGCCUCAAGCUUGAUUUUGUCUGUAAAAAGUGAUGCCUUUCGUAAGCAAUGAUUUGCUCCAGUGUUUUGGCUUAUUUAUGACUACACACACACACACACUCACUCGCAUUAGUAUGUGCAGACAGUGCACAGACUCAGAGGAAAUGCACAGACAAUCAGGAUGUGAGGUGAGGCACAGAGAGAAAGGUGUAACAGAGAUGUUCAGCUGGAAUUCAAUAAAUACAUCAGUCAGAAAUAUUAGUGCUGCUAACAGUGAAUGCACUCAUGUAGCCACCUGCUAGCAUUAUGCAAAUGGCAUCAUGCUAAUAGGUCAUAACCAUUCACUGUUAGCCAAGUUAGCAUGAUUGUAUCAACACUUCCAUUAAGGUCAUGUAUUAAACCCUCAUGCUCACAUAGUACCGUACUAGAUAGUGUGUCGAAAACAGAAGGACAAGAAAAAACGGUCUACUAUUUUUACUCACUAAGAAUGGUAGUAUGUGGUUUGAGACAGAGUCAAAUGUCAUCCCAGGUUGCAGAUCCACCCAUCUGUAUGGAGAGAGAGAGAAAGAGAGAUGUCCGUUUACAGAGUUUCAGUGAAAAGGAAAAUGAAAAUGAAUUAUUUUACAGUAUAAAAAUUUUAUAUUUUCUGCAGAUAUUUUUACAGGUUUGCGUACAAUGAGAAUUUUUCCCCAGUUCACCAUCAACGAUAAUAAUGUUCUGUUCUCAGAAGCCUAACAAAAUCUUUUGCUGUUGAUAAGGUGGUUAAAUAUAUGUUAGAGUUAUUGGUUAAUUCCUUCCAGUGUUAUGGCUCACUAUCCCAAAAAGAAUGAGCCAGUUAGCAUCAGAAAGCAACUCAUCCUGAACGAAUGGCCCUGAACAGAGGUGUGUAUCGGGACUGGGUUCCCCCGGGGGGUAUAGGAAAAAAAAUAAACGCCAUGAUCUUUAACAAAGAAGUGUAUUUUUAUCACAUUUAUUGGGUUUCUUUGUCCAUCCUUCAGGGAUUGUUUUAUUGUGGUCCAGUUUAAAAAUAUGGUCAUAAAGCAGUCGGGUUUGAUCCAGGAUUAGUAAAACUUUCUGUAUUUGCAGGUGGGAUUAAUCAUGAUUUUUCUGCAGGAACAGAGGGAUUAGUCGACUUUCUCCAAGAGUAGGUGGGACUGGUCCUUUUUCCUUCAGCAUGAGCAGGGGAAUUAGUCAUUGAUUAGGUAGUAGAAGGUGGGAUUGGUCCUGAUUUCUAUGCAGGAGCAGUGGUAUUAGUUGGACAUCCUAGUUGGACUUCUGUGGCUGUGGGGGAUUAGUCAUACUGCAGGAGCAGGCAGGAUCUGUCAAACUUUUUGCAAGAGCAGGAGUAAUGGGUCAAAAUCUCUGCACGAGUAGGUAGGAUUGGUCAAAAUUACUGCAGGAGUGAAUGGGAUUAGUCAAAUUUUCUGCAGGCAUGUUUAGUCAGGAUUUCUGCUGGUGCUGCUGGUCAAACUUUCUGCACGAGGUGGUGAAAUUACUCAAACUUUUAGCAGGCACAGGUGCGAUUGGUCAAACAUUCUUCAGGAGAGGCCGGAAUUAGUCAAAAGUUUUGUGGGCAUGAUUGGGAUUAGUAAACCUUUUUGCAGGACUCGGUGAGCAGGCAGGAUUAGACAGACUUUCUGUAGGAGCGAGUGGGAAUAGUUAUACUUUCUGCGUGACUGGGGGUUAGUCAUACUGAAAGAGCAGGCAGGGUUUGUCAAAAAUAGAAGCAGAUGGGUUUAAUCGAACUUUCUCUAAGAGUAGGCAGGGUUGGUCAAACUUUCUGUAGGAGCUUGUGGGAUUGGUCAGAAUUUGUUUGGGAUGGGAUUACCAACAGUCCCACGCACACCUCUACCCCAAUAAUCCUAAUCGUUUAUAAUAAAGUAUAGCACUUACCUCCCUCUUCAACUGUCUAAUCUAAACUCAGGAGGGGUACCUUUAAUAACGGUAAUGCAUUCUGUGUAUCCUGUGUCUUUUUGUUUUGGCAACAAAUUUCAUUUGAUAUGAUGUAGAUGUGUACACGAUGUACAGUGGUGAGGCUGGUUUAAAAAGUCAAUGAGCUAACUAACUGGAUUCAAUUUAAAGGAGUGCUUCGAUAUUCUGAACAGCGUAACCUAAAUGCACACGUGGACAAAAUUGUUGGUACCCUUCUGUCUAUAAUUUUCUUUCUAAUCUCCUGAGACAACUCUUUCCUUUGCUUCCUCUGGUCCAUGUUGAGUGUGUUACACACCAUGUCACCAGACAACACAGUGACUACCUGGAGCCCUAGAUAUAGGCCCACUGACUGAUUACAAGAUUGUAGAAACCUGUGAUGCUAUUAAGUGGACACACCUUGAAUGAACAUGUCCCUUUGGUCACAUUAUUUUCAGUCUUUUCUAGGGGUACCAUCAUUUUUGUCCAGGCCUGUUCCAUGAGUUUAUUUUUUUUAAAUAAUUCCUUUGAAGCAUUGUUGAAAAGCAAUGUCUGACUUUCAUUGGUUAACAUUCAUAGAAUUUUUAUUUAUUAUUACUUUUGUCAGAUUAAAGUUUUUUUCUGUGACCAUUGUGAGUUUUUCUUUCAUUGACCGAAGGGUACCAACAAUUUUGUCCACGUGUGUAAGUAUCCAGAGUGAUCCUGGGUAUUUUUUCCUAAAGUGUCUGUUAGCUCACAAACCCAUUGACCUAUAGCUUCACGUUACAUCCUCCUGUCCAACUGUGAUGUGAACAUGAGUAAGACAAGAAGUGAGUCUAAACAAGGGGUUGAGAAUUUUAAGCAGAAUGUAAUGUGUUGCACAAGGCCACUGUGACUUAGUGAAGCCUGGUAUUAAAUUGUUUAAGCCAUGAUUAAAUCUGGGUACCCUGGAAGAAAAGUUGCACUAAAGAACACAAUCCUGUAUCUGAUGACUAAUGGUGAAUGUAAAAAUAACAAUAAAGGAACUGAUGACAAAUGAGAACGAUGACGAUGGUAACAUUUGUUUAAAAUUAUCUGGCUCUGGGAAUAAAGCUGGUUUGAGAAA